UGUGGCUACAACUGAGGGCUGAGGCAAUUCCACAAGUGACAUCACUGCGCACUUAGCACAAGGUGGAGAACAAAACAAGGGAUCCUCUUCAAAAGGGGGAAGAAUUAAAGGGACGCCAAAUGUAAGCGGCUGUAUUUUGUUUUAUGUGCGGAGGGGGUCCAAAGGAAUUAUUUCCAGGAUGCAGAAAUCACCUGUGGAAGAUGCCAACUGGUUGUCCAAAUAUUUCUUCUGGUGGACAUACCCGAUUAUGAGAAAGGGUUUCACGGAGAGGUUAGGUCCUUCAGAUGUGUAUCAAGUUCCAUCUUUUGACAGAGCUGACGUUCUCGUCGAUCACUUAGAGAGAGAAUGGGACAGAGAGGUUGCCUCUGGAAAGAAGAAUCCCAGGCUCCUUUUUGCAUUGGCUCGAGUUCGAAGUUUCUUUUGGCCUUUCGUGAUCUGUGGAAUCCUCUUGUAUUUGGGGGAAGCCUCGAAAACGGUCCAACCCCAGCUCUUGGGGCGCAUCAUCGCUCAGUUCGACCCUUUCCAUGCCCCUGAGCGGGCGCAGGGCUACUUCCUGGCCCUGGGCCUCAGUCUCCUCUUCACCGCUCGCUUCCUACUCCUCCAGCCGGCCGUCUUCGGCCUGCACCACCUGGGCAUGCAAAUCAGGAUAGCACUGUUCACCCUCAUCUACAAGAAGACCCUGAAGCUCUCCAGCCGAGUCCUGGACAAGAUCAGCACGGGGGAGCUGGUGAGCCUGAUGUCAGCACAUCUCAGCAAGUUUGAUCAGAGUAUGGGCAUGGCCCACUUUGUGUGGAUAUCGCCGCUGCAGUGCAUUCUCAGCGUUGGCAUGGUGUGGGAGCUCAUAGACGUCAAUGGCUUCUGUGCCCUGGCUGCCAUCUCUCUUCUAGGCAUCAUCCAGGCCGGUCUCUCGCACAAGAUGGGCCCUCACAAGGCACAGAGAGCCAAACUGACGAGUAAAAGGCUCGCCUUAACUUCUGAUAUUAUGGAGAACAUUCACUCAGUGAAGGCCUAUGGAUGGGAGGAGAUCAUGGAAACUAUUAUCAAUAACAUGAGAAAGAAAGAGGUGAAGUUCACGCAGAAGAUCGGCUCCCUGCGUUACUUCUACAGCUCGGCGUACUUUUUCUCGGCCAUCUGGAUCAUCGUGGCGGCCGUUGUGCCUCACGCGCUGAGCCGGGGCAUCAUCCUGCGCCGCAUCUUUACCACGCUGUCCUACUGCAUCGCCCUGCGCAUCACCAUCACCCGCCAGUUGCCCGCCUCCAUCCAGAUGUGGUACGACACUGUCGCCCUGCUCAAGAAGAUUGAGGAUUUUCUAAGCAAGGAGGAGUACAAGGUACUGGAGUAUAACCCGACAGCCACUGGGCUGAAGCUCAACAAUGUUACCGCUUCAUGGGAUGAGGGUAUUGGGGAACUGUUCGACAAGAUUCGGCGCGAGAACAAAGACAAGGAAAAUGGCCACAUGAAUGGGGAUGCUGGACUCUUCUUCACAAACCUGUACGUCACACCCGUGCUGAGGAAGAUCAAUCUGAACCUGGAGAAGGGGGAGAUGCUGGCGCUCGCUGGGUCCACAGGCUCUGGGAAGAGCUCUCUGCUGAUGACAGUAUUGGGGGAGUUGGUUCCAUCAGAGGGAACCAUUCGGCACAGUGGCCGGAUCUCCUUUUCACCCCAGACCGCCUGGAUCAUGCCAGGCACCAUCCGAGACAACAUCCUGUUUGGCCUGAGCUAUGACGAGUACCGCUACAAGAGCGUCAUCAAGGCCUGCCAGCUAGAGCAGGACCUGGCUGCAAUGCCUGAGAAUGACAAGACUCCCCUGGCAGAGGGAGGACUAAACCUCAGUGGGGGCCAAAAAGCCAGAGUGGCUCUUGCCAGAGCCGUGUAUAAGGAUGCUGAUGUCUAUUUGCUCGAUGCUCCUUUCACCCACCUGGAUAUUGCCACAGAGAAAGAAAUCUUUGAGAGAUGUGUGUGUAAGCUCAUGGCCUCCAAAACUCGGGUGAUCGUCACCAGCAAGCUGGAGCACCUGAAGCGCGCCGACAAGAUCCUGCUGCUGCACAACGGCGACUGCUUCUUCUACGGCACCUUCUCCGAGCUGCAGUCCCAGCGGCCAGACUUCAGCUCUCUACUGCUGGGCAUGGAGGGCUACGACAACAUCAAGGCCGAGCGCCGGACCUCCAUCCUGUCCGACACGCUGCGGCGCGUCUCCGUCGACGAGUCGGCCAGCUACCGCUCGGAGCGCCCCUCCUUCCGGCCACCCCCGCCAGUGUACGCGGAGCAGCGGGAGGAGCGGCGAUCGUCGGUUCUGCUCAACCCCCUGGCGGCCGCCGCGCGGAAGCUCUCCUUCAUCCCCUCGUCCAGCUCGGUGGCCGGCGACGAGGACGUGUUGGUGCGGCGGCCGCCGCCCGACAGGAAGCUGUCGCUCAUGCCUGAGGACGAGCUGGUGGACGAGUCGUUCUCAGGCGGCGACGUCUACCACAACCACGGCGUGCACAUGGCCGGCCAGAGGCGGCAGUCGGUGCUGGACUUCAUCACCAACGUCGGAGGCGGUGGCGGACGCCGCGACCCCUACCGCUCCUCUUUCCGCCGGAAGAUGUCCAUCCUGCCCCAGGGCGACCUGGCCACGGAGGUGGACAUCUACGCCCGCCGUCUCUCCGAUGACUUCAAUGACGUCAAUGACUUUGACUUUAGUGGGGACAUGGAUGGCGAACACAUAGAGGCUUGCUUUGCAGAUCAGCAAAUUGAAGAUGUCUUUGAAACAACCAAGUGGAACACAUAUGUACGCUACGUGUCCACCAACAAGAACCUCAUCUAUGUGCUUAUCUUUAUUUUAAUAGUUUUUGCAGCUGAGGUUGCUCUCUCUGUCCUUGGCAUUUACUUGAUCACAGAUAAGGUGUGGAGGGAGGAGCACCACUGGUUCAGCUACAACGCCACGCACUACCCCAACAUGACGCAGCCGCAGCAGUUCUACCCUGUCAUCGUCACCCCCACCAGCAUCUACUACAUCAUGUACAUCUACGUGGCCACGUCCGAGAGCGUGCUGGCCAUGGGCUUCUUCCGCGGCCUGCCGCUCGUCCACACCAUGAUCACCAUCUCCAUGAAGCUCCACGAGAAGAUGCUCGCCGCUGUGCUGCGAGCGCCCAUGGCUGUGCUCAACACCAUGAAGACAGGUCGCAUCAUGAACCGCUUCACCAAGGACAUGGCCACCAUUGAUGACAUGCUUCCCCUCCUGAUGUUUGACCUCAUCCAGCUUCUCCUGAUCGUGAUCGGUUGCUUGUUGGUGGUGACCAUCCUGCGGCCCUACAUUUACCUCGCGGCGACACCAUUGGCUAUCGUCUUCAUGCUCAUGAGGAAGUACUUCCUGCGGACAGGCCAGCAGCUGAAACAGCUGGAGACUGAGGCUCGGAGCCCUAUCUUCUCUCACCUCAUCAUAUCUAUGAAGGGUCUGUGGACGAUCCGGGCCUUUGGGCGCCAGGCCUACUUUGAGGGUCAGUUCCAGAAGGCCCUCAACACCCACACGGCCACGUGGUUCCUCUACCUGUCCACCCUGCGGUGGUUCUUGUUCCGCGCCGACGUCAUCUUCACACUUUUCUUCACCUUGGCCGCCUGGAUUGCAGUCGGAACCACCAAGGACCCAGAUGUGGGUGAGGUUGGCAUCAUUGUGGUCAUGGCCAUGCUUAUCAAUGGCACUUUCCAGUGGUGCGUGGUCACUAGCAUCGCUGUUGAUGGAAUGAUGCGUUCUGUGGACCGAGUCUUCAAGUUCAUCGACCUGCCAUCGGAGGAGCCCAAGACGGGUGGUUUGGGCUCAAGCAAAGGCGGUAGCAAGGACAAAGACAAGGACCUGGUCAUUGAGAACGUGGACGCCUGGGCCUACAACGCCUGGCCCAACCACGGCCAACUGGACGUGCAGAAGCUGUCGGUGAAGUACACAGAGGUUGAACAGACCAUCAUCAAAGACCUCUCCUUCUCUGUGGAGGGUGGACAACGGAUGGGCCUUCUGGGCAGGACGGGCUCUGGGAAGAGUACCCUCUUCAACGGGCUGCUGCGGCUGGCCCACACUGACGGCGAGGUCCUCAUAGAUGACCUGUCCUGGAACAACAUUCCUCUGAAGGUCUGGAGGAGAGCGUUCGGUGUCAUCCCACAGAAAGUGUUUAUCUUCACCGGAAGCUUCCGCAUGAACCUGGACCCAUACGGCCGGCACAGCGAUGAGGAGCUGUGGAGGGUCACUGAGGAGGUGGGCCUGAAGUCAGUGAUCGAGCAGUUCCCUGACAAGCUGGACUUCCAGCUGGAGUACGGAGGCCAUGUCCUGAGCUAUGGCCACAAGCAGCUCAUGUGUCUGGCCCGCUCCAUUCUGAGGAGAGCCCGCAUCCUGCUGCUGGACGAGCCGAGCGCCCAUCUGGACCCCAUCACCAUCAAGGCCCUGAAGACCACGCUGAGGGACUCCUUCUCCACCUGCACCAUCCUGAUGUCGGAGCACAGAAUGGAGACGCUGUUGGAGUGCCAGUCGUUCCUGCUGCUGGACCAGAGCACAGGGAAGACGUACGACUCGAUGCAGAAGCUGCUGAACGAGACGAGUCACCUGAAGCAGGCCAUGAGCCCGGCGGAGCGCCUCAAGAUCUUCCCCCGCCGCAACUCCAGCAUGCGCGUGCCCCAGCCCAAGAUCAGCGCCGUGACCCUCACCCUGGAGGAGGAGGCCGAGGACGAGAUCCAGGACACACGCCUGUGAGCCCCCACCGGGCAGGGGCCACCAAAAGAGAGUCGGGGAGAGAGAGAGAGAGUGAGAGAAUGACUGAGAGAGAAUGAGUGUGUGAGAGAGAGAGAAUGAGAGAGAAUGAAAGAGAAUGAAAGAGGGUGGAUGGAUGUGUGGAGUUUCGGAGCAGGUCCUCUUCUCACGCCAGCCCUGCUGCCUCCAUUUCAGAGACUCAUUAGAGCCAGACUGGCCUGGACCCAGACAAGAAAGGCACAACUCAAUUCUUCAUCCAUAUCUCAAUGGAGUCUCAUAGGUACUGCUUUGAUGUCGUCAGUCUGAAAACAAUCUUUUAUUUGUGUGAGAGUUGGCUGUUCAAAGACAGCAGAGAUGAAAAAGGCUUUGUUAAGAAGCUAUUAUUUAAGCUGAACAUCAAGUCAUUUCUCUCAACGUUUCUUGUAUUAGGUCUAUGCAAAAAAAACAUGAGGUACUUUAAUACUUUGUACAGUAACAAACUUAACCUCCUGCACCUUCAGUUUCAUAUCAGAUAGCUAUAUCAUAUUCCUCAGCAUAGCCUCCCUAACCCAGACACUUUAUGGAUUAUGGUUAGAGUACUGCAUCGUACCUUGACUGGAGCCUUGAAAUGUGAUUGUGUCAAGGUUAUUUUUUUACUUUGUAAAUUAAGAGUUAUUUGUCUCAGUUGCUUGAAUUCAUCAGAACGGUUACAUUGAUUUAAAAAGCAAAUGUAAGUGCAUUGUAAGUAUCAACACAUAAAAUGGUGGCAUUUUCAAAGACAGACAGAACAUGGGCAUUUAUCUUAUUAACACAUGGGAAUAACAAUGAGGUCCAAAUGUUGAUAGAAUAGAGAUGUGUAGACUGGAAUGCUAUGCAUCAGCAAUAUUCCCAAUAUAUUUUCCAUAUUACCAAUGUAUUUUCCAUAUUGAAAUGAGUAUGUAAUACAGGAUAGACUCAGGUUGCAGCAUACAGAGUGUCAUUCUGCAUGUUUAUGCAAAACAGUACUGAUUCCCAUACACAAUGUAAAUGCAAUGUCUGCAAUAAGAUUUCAUGCUUGUCAACAGAUUUAUAUUGUUCCAGACGCUUUGGAACCAAGGACUGCGACAAAAGAGGGACAGUGAUAUUAUUUAUGAUACUGCAGAAUGUCAAGACAUUUGUAGCCAGUUACACAUAUUGUUCUUAAGGGCUAAAUAGAUCAAAGUGUCCUUUGAAAUAUUUUAAUUAACUUAUCUUAUGACCCUUUUGUGAACAAACACACAAAAAUGAAUCUAAAAAUGACAGUUGUAUACUACUUUAAAUGUACAAGUAUAUCAAUGUGCUGUGUGUUUUUGCAGAAUGUGAAAUUGGUUAAUGAUGUUGAAGAAUUUAAUUUGCCACAACACAUUACCAAUUCAUAAUGUCAGCUUAGCUAUGAAAGAAAAGAGUGUAUUCAUAGGAAGACAAUGUCAAAAUUGUAUAAUAUAUGUAUUUUUUGUCCUGAGGAAAUGAUUUCUGCAAUCAAAUUGUUUUCCAUUAAAAUGAUUUUGAGAGACA